CGGAUCACGCGCGCGCCGGCUGGGCCCCGGGGCCCGGCCGCAGCCAAUGAGCUGGCGGCGGCGGGCGGCCUGGUGCGCAGGCGGGGCGGUGCCUGCCGCGCUGGGACGGGAAGGGGCCGGCUGCGCGGGACGAAGCAUGGCUGCCAAGCCAAACAAUGGACUGGUGGCUCUAACCAAGAGAGCUGAUCCAGCUGAGUUGAAAACAAUAUUUUUGAAGUAUGCAAGUGUUGAAAAAAAUGGAGAAUUUUUCAUGUCUCCUAAUGACUUUAUCACACGAUACCUGGGAAUAAUAGGACCUGGGGUGCCCAAUCCAAACACUGUGCAGCUCCUGGGAGGUGUGGUGGAUCAGACCAAGGAUGGGCUUAUAUCCUUUCAAGAAUUUGUGGCAUUUGAAUCAGUCCUGUGUGCUCCAGAUGCAUUGUUCAUGGUGGCCUUUCAACUGUUUGACAAAACAGGCGAAGGAGAAGUUACUUUUGAGGAUGUUAAACAAGUUUUUGGCCAGACCACAAUUCAUCAGCACAUUCCGUUUAACUGGAAUUCAGAGUUUGUUCAGCUGCAUUUUGGAAAAGAUCGAAAAAGACGUCUAACGUAUGCGGAGUUUACUCAGUUCUUACUGGAGAUACAGUUGGAACAUGCAAAACAAGCAUUUGUGCAGCGAGACAAUGCUCAAGCUGGAAGAGUCACUGCCAUUGACUUCAGAGACAUUAUGGUCACUAUCCGGCCACACAUGUUGACACCAUUUGUAGAAGAAUGUCUAGUAGCGGCUGCUGGAGGUACCACUUCCCAUCAGGUCAGCUUUUCCUAUUUUAAUGGAUUUAAUUCUCUCCUUAACAACAUGGAGCUCAUUAGGAAGAUCUACAGUACUCUGGCUGGAAAUAGAAAAGAUGUGGAAGUGACUAAAGAGGAGUUUGUUCUGGCAGCUCAGAAAUUUGGUCAGGUUACACCAAUGGAAGUUGACAUCUUGUUUCAGUUAGCAGAUUUAUAUGAGCCACGGGGACGCAUGACACUAGCUGACAUUGAAAGAAUUGCUCCUCUGGAAGAGGGAACACUGCCCUACAAUCUGGCUGAGGCUCAGAGACAGAAAGCUCCAGGUGAUGUUUCUCGCCCUAUUCUCAUCCAAAUAGCAGAAUCGGCCUACAGAUUUGCCCUGGGUUCAGUUGCUGGAGCUGUUGGAGCUACUGCAGUGUAUCCAAUUGAUCUGGUGAAAACUCGAAUGCAAAACCAGCGCUCUACUGGGUCAUUUGUGGGAGAACUUAUGUACAAAAACAGCUUUGAUUGCUUUAAAAAAGUGCUGCGUUAUGAAGGCUUCUUUGGACUGUACAGAGGUCUUUUACCACAAUUAUUGGGAGUAGCCCCAGAGAAGGCCAUAAAACUUACUGUUAAUGAUUUUGUGAGAGACAAAUUUAUGAGCAAAGAUCGUUCUGUCCCACUGGCAGCAGAAAUUCUUGCUGGCGGUUGUGCUGGAGGUUCUCAAGUGAUCUUCACAAAUCCAUUAGAAAUUGUCAAGAUCCGAUUGCAGGUGGCUGGCGAAAUUACCACUGGUCCACGAGUUAGUGCCCUCACUGUAUUACGGGACCUAGGCUUUUUUGGCCUCUACAAGGGUGCGAAGGCAUGUUUUCUACGCGAUAUCCCCUUCUCUGCCAUUUACUUUCCAUGUUAUGCUCACUUGAAAACUGCAUUUGCAAAUGAAGAUGGACAAGUUAGCCCUGGAAGUUUGCUCAUGGCUGGAUCAAUAGCUGGUAUGCCUGCGGCCUCUCUAGUGACCCCUGCUGAUGUUAUCAAGACUCGAUUACAAGUGGCAGCCCGGGCAGGGCAAACCACUUACAGUGGCGUCAUAGACUGCUUUGGAAAGAUACUGCGAGAGGAAGGCCCAAAAGCUUUGUGGAAAGGGGCUGGUGCUCGUGUGUUUCGAUCCUCUCCUCAGUUUGGUGUAACUUUGGUGACUUAUGAGCUGCUGCAGAGAUGGCUUUACGUUGACUUUGGGGGAGUAAAACCAGCUGGAUCAGAACCAGUUCCUAAAUCCAGGAUCACACUACCUGCUCCUAAUCCUGACCAUGUUGGAGGUUAUAAAUUGGCAGUUGCCACAUUUGCAGGGAUUGAAAAUAAAUUUGGACUAUACCUACCUCGAUUUAGGUCAUCACCACCUACCUCACAGGCUGCUGCUGCCAUUGGACCCUAAGAUGUCAUGUUACUGCUGUAGAGUUUUAUUAGUGGUGAAAGAGCCACUUUUCUGAUCAGUCUAAUAUUUCAUUCCUUUAGCUUUUCAUCAUAUAUCAGUUAAGUGUCAUUUCAGUUUUAAGGCAGUUUUCUUAAAUGUAAUCAUUGGUCUUCGUGCUUCCUUAACCAGAUCACUGUGAAAUUCUUACCAGUUAUUCUUUGGGUUCAGGACCAUGAAUGUAUUGUCCACAUCUGACGUGUGCUUUGUGUUUGGAAGGCACUAAUAUUAGAUUCUGUUUGUGGGGGAGGGUCAGGGGUGAGAAUUAUGAAUGCGAUCAUCUGGCAGGUAACAUUCAAAUGAGGAUUAUUAUGCCAAAGUGGCUGCAAAUUGGAUAUCAUACAUUGUCACUGAAAUAUAGUCAAUAGAGAUCAUGGUGCUCAAGCAGAAUGAUUUUGACCAUACAUGUAAAUUGGUUAUAAGCUUAGUGCGUGUUUGUAGAAUUCAAAUAUACAUAUAUAUAUAUAUACACACACAGUACCUGAGACUGCCACUAUGGCUUCAACUUUUUAAAUAUGUACACGCACAAGCUGAGUUUCUGGAUUGUAUUAUGAAGCUUUAUGUGGAACAUGUUUUUGUAAUGGAAACCACAUUUAUAAACGUUGAGUCAUGGUAUUCUGUUACUGGUAUCAAAAUGCCAGGAAGGAAGUGUUAUUGUCCAUAGUCUUUGCACUUUAUGGAAGUACUUUUGGCAUUUUAUUACACGUACAAUGAAAUUACAAGACUAGGUGCCUAUCUUGGACAUGCUGAUAUCUGGAUUCUUGUUUGUAUGAUGCACUUAGUAAAUGCUGCUUGUUUAAAUAAAUGCAAUAGAAAAAUCCAUGCACUGUAUCAAUGGUACCUGCCUUAACCACUGUCUUGUAAUUGGAAAUUAUUUGUUUCUAGAUUAUUUACUUCAUUGAGUUGAAUAAGGAGAUUAAAAUAUUCUAGAACCCAAGAUUUUAUUGGGGAGGGGGCGGGGUGUGUGCCUUGCACAAUGUUUAGAGGAUUGUGUAUUUAUGAAGAUAGAAAUAAACCUUUCAAACAGCGAGA